AUGAAUACAGCAGAAUCUGCGGUAUUACAGUACUCGAGUCCGCUAGCCGUCCAGGACGAGCUCAAGUCCGAAGUAUGCAGCGACUCAGGGGACCUUCAGUUGCUCGACUGUGUGGACCAGACGUAUUUCCCGCAGCAACAAUUCUACCCGGACCCUUACCAAGAAUACGUGUUCAACCACUACGAGCAGGACCCAGGGAGGGUGUUCCACCCGGCGGACUACCACCACCUUCAUGCGGAGAGCCGGCCCGGUGUCGACGAGUUUCGUCUGGUGCCCGAAACCCAGGAAUACUUCGAUUUGCAGCAGCUCGAGCGCUCCGACGUACCUUACCCUGUGGAAGGAUGCUCAUCGUCCGAAAAUUUCCACGUCGACCCAGCCUCGCUCUUGACCCACCAACGGCACGACGUUCCCCCGGAAAACCAUUAUCCCACUGCAACUGCAGACAACAUCUGCACAGCCAGCAGCGGUGUGUGUAGUAACAGCUGCACGAUCUGUGGCCGUUACUACGCACGCACGUCAACAUUGAAGACGCAUCUGCGGGUUCAUUCCGGCGAGAGACCGUACGCUUGCCUCCAGUGUCUGAAGCGCUUCUCCCAGGCCGCGAAUCUCACGGCUCACAUGCGAAUCCAUUCAGGGGAAAAGCCCUUCCUUUGUCCAAUAUGUCAUCGAAAGUUCUCGCAAAGUUCUUCAGUCACGACUCACAUGCGAACGCAUUCCGGUGAGCGACCUUAUCUGUGCAAUCUGUGUAAAAAGAGCUUCUCCGAUAGUUCCACCCUAACGAAACAUUUCCGAACGCACAGUGGCGAACGCCCCUAUCAGUGUCGGAUUUGUUUCAUGCGCUUCUCUCAAUCGGGUAACCUGAAUCGUCACAUGAAGAUUCAUGGCCAGAAAGGCGCUUAG